AUGCGAGGAUGAUGUAUGGUUGAUAUAGGAUCUUCUGGAACAGGAUUUGAUUUUGCAAGCGGUUCAGUAGGAACGAAGAAAUUUUGAACAAAUGGAUCAGAAAUUGUUGAUAGGAAAGGAGAAAACAAAGCAAUGCCAACAACGGAGUCAAUUUGUUGUUCAUCGAUAAACAAGCUCUCUUUUUCAUCUCGUGCCAGAUGCAACAACAGAUGAGUCACUUUUUCCUUCCUGAGAACCACGGGAAUGCCUAGCGCCCCUAUUACUAAGAAGAGCAAAGCUCAUUUUCCUUCUAGGGUAAAGUAGCGCAUAAAAAAGGGCUGGCUUGUCAAAAGUCUGGUUCCUUCGCAAAUUAAGUUCAGAAUCAACAAGGGUUCAUAGAACGAAGGAAGUGUACAAUUGGGGCACAACGCUACUAUUUUGUUCGUAAUGAGGAACAAAAAAGAGUUUAGCAAGACCAAAAAAUCCAAAGAAGCUACAAAAAAGGAGGUAAAAGCCUUAAGACAUAAAACCCAAGGGAGUGCCUAGCUCCCCCAUUAGUAAGGAGAGCAAAGCUCAUUUUCCUUCUAGGCUAAAGCGGCGCAUAAAAAAUGGUUGGCCCGUCAAAGGUCUGGUUCCUUCGUGAGUUAAGUUCAGAGUCAUCAAGGAUUCAUGGAACGAAGGAAGUGUACAAUUGGGGCGCAACCCUACUUUUUUGUUCGUAAUGAGGAACAAAAAAGAGUUUGGCAAAACCCAAAAAAAAAAUCCAAAGAAGCUACAGAAUAGAUGCAAAAGCCGUAAGACAUAAAACGCAAGAGUCAUUGUUGUCCUCUUUAUCAGGAUUCGGAUAGCGAUUACAAAAUCAUCCCCAUUGCGCUUAGUCCUAUUCGACCAUAGCUAAGAAAAGCUCCCCAAUGGAUCCCAGCACCACCCAACUACAUUGGGACAAGCCAGUGUGGCAUGUUUAUGCAAAUGUGCCAUAAUAACACAAAAAUGUGUUACAAUAUGAUUUUAGAUAUGUAUAAAUGUUUAGAACAAUAAAAUUUUAAGAAUGUCUUGAUGCGUUGGAAAUAACUUAUCUAGGGUGCUCUGUUUCAUGUUUGCUUAUGUGUCUCUCCAUGUGAAAACAAACCAAAUUAAGUUGCUAAUUUUGUUGAUUGUCGUUUGAGCAUGUUUUGGUGUCAGAUCAUGUCUAACAUCACAAAACUGAGGCCGGAGAAAUUAUUAUUAAAAAAAAAGAGAGAGAGAGAGAGAGA